GCAGGCUAACUAGCUCAGUGCCUGCUGGCCUAGAGCGUUGCGGGGAGGACGAGGCGAACCCAGAACCCAGCUUGCACUGGAGCCGGGGUAGCUGAUUUCAGGGUGGGCUUUGGCCCGGAGUAAAGAAGCCGAAACCCAUUUUCUUGUAAACCAACAGUCAAGACAGCCCUAACUAACUGGCGUUUGUAAAGGAACCACAACCCCUCUACAGGUUGCCUGUCCUCCCUUGGAAACCUCUUAACCGCCUGGCCUUGGAAUGGCUGCAUUCAGGUCCGUGCCCUGAUUUACCCAGCUAAAUACUGUGGAAAGCCAGGGGUGAGAUGACCUCCAUCUUUCGAAGUCCUCAGGCUCUUCAGCUCACACUCGCCCUGAUCAAGCCCGAUGCAGUUGCCCACCCACUGAUUCUGGAGGCUGUUCAUCAGCAGAUUCUGAGCAACAAGUUCCUCAUUGUACGAACGAGAGAACUGCAGUGGAGAAAGGAAGAUUGCCGCAGGUUUUACCGAGAGCAUGAAGGGCGUUUUUUCUAUCAGCGGCUGGUGGAGUUCAUGGCCAGUGGGCCAAUCCGAGCCUACAUCCUUGCCCACAAAGAUGCCAUCCAGCUUUGGAGGACACUGAUGGGACCCACCAGAGUAUUUCGAGCACGCCACAUGGCCCCAGAUUCAAUUCGUGGGAGUUUUGGCCUCACUGACACCCGAAACACUACCCAUGGCUCAGACUCUGUGGUUUCCGCCAGCAGAGAGAUUGCAGCUUUCUUCCCUGACUUCAGUGAGCAGCGCUGGUAUGAAGAGGAGGAACCCCAGCUGCGCCGUGGUCCUGUGUGCUACAGUCCAGAAAAAGGCAUCCACUGUGCAGCUGCAACAGAAAGCCCCAAAGCAGCCUAGUAAAGUCCCGUCAGUCCCCGAGGACAGGUGGCGAUGUCCAGCUUUUUCUCCUAGGGUUAGGGAAUCAUGGGCUGAAGGCACUGCACCUGUUGGAUGGCAUCACCUACCCAAAGACCUAGCGUAUCACUGCUCAGCUGCUGCUGUCUAGCUCUAUCUACCUCUUCUGGGAAAUAUUCAGGGCAUUUAGGAAGGACGGUGACUCCUCUUCUGUGAAAUAUCCAUGGGUAUUUAGGAAGGAUGGUGACUCCUCUUCUGUGAAAUAUCCAUGGGCAUUUAGGAAGGAUGGUGACUCCUCUUCUGUGAAAUAUCCAUGGGCAUUUAGGAAGGAUGGUGACUCCUCUUUUUGUGUGUGUGUGGACUAAGAUAGCGUUUCUCUGUGUAACAGCUUUGGUCGUCUCAGAACUUGCUCUGUAGACCUGGCUGGCCUUGAACUCACAGACAUCUGCCUGCCUCUGCCUCCCAGAUGCUGGGAUUAAAGGCGUGCACCACCACUGUCCAGCUGGUGACUCUUCUUUUUGCAAAUGACUGUCAUCCUUCCUCAAGAAGGAGCCUGCCUGCUGACUAGCAGUGACUGUGUAACCAAUAUUUGAUCUGACUCUUUAAUAAAUUCUGUGCUACUGAA